AAAGAAGAGAUCCCCUGGCGUCGACGCAGUACCACAGAGCAAACAAAAUAAUUUGGCUACGUGCUCAAGAAGAAGAGGGGCUGAGGCAUCCCGACCUGUGGCCUCUUCAGCUCACAUUGUCCUCGUGGAAUCGCGAACUUUAGUCAGUGGAUUCGAGGCCACCAUGCAGUCUACACAACUGGGCCUAGCUUUAUUAAAACUUCGUGCACAUCUCGGGAUACUGUGUCGCCUAACAAUGGAUCGGUCGAUCGUGGUUGAAAAAUCGUCGAUGAAAACGUGAUUCGUCUAGUCGUCCAUCGAUCAAUCCUCACUGUGUACUGUUUUCUCGUGUACUUGUAAUGGAACUUUUAAUUUACGGAACUUUUAAAAUAUCGUGAGCAACUUGGAACAAAAUAGGGGAAAACAAGGAAUUUAAUAGAAAAUAUUUCGUCGUCGAUCAAUAAUUCUAAUUUUGGAGAAUAAAACUUUUGGAGAUGUUUCGAAUCAGAAAGCUGAAAGUUGACAUUAAUUACUCGCGAGUGGGAACAAACAGACAGCAAUAAAUAUCGGAUGGUUGACGAGGAAUGUGCGGCCUCGAGGUCUAAAUGUCUCUGGGAAGCUUCGAGCCAAUGUUGAAACGCGAUCUCGAUCGGGACCGAACUAUCGAUUGACAAACUCGAUGAUUUCUCAAUUUGGUCUACGUCCAAGAGGAUCUAUCGUUCAUUGACAGCCUAUUGUCGUUACUUUUCUUCGAAAUUUUUAAUUCUUAACGUGUUGUCCGAGAUUUAGAUUAAAUUCCAUCUAUCUCUUCCUCUCUUUCUCUCUCCGACUCUCAAGCAAGCAAAACGUAAAUUUUCUCGUGCACAGAUGACGUGUUUACGUGUUUAGUAACGCGAUGUAAUCCUCGCGGUUACGUCGAUCAAACGUUGUUUAGGAUGGUCGAAGAAAUUACGAUCGUGAAAUAAACCGAAAUCGGGUGGAGUUUGUGACGUGAAUUUGUUGUUUGAGCGAGUUUUGGAUGUAGGAAUUUUUGGUAUUGGUGAUCUCCACAGCCUGUAGACUACAGGCUUGUGUGAUAAGAUAAAGAGAAGAAUGUCAGCGAUUGAAAGCGCGUGUCUGUGAUUCUCGAGCUGGCUUUCGUGUCGUCCGGUUCAGUGUCAGACAAAAUGACUCUUUCAGUUUGUUAGUUGGGCUACGAAUAAAGCUGGCUGAUGGUAAUUUUCAGUUUCUGUUUCGGCGUUCUCGUGCUAGUGAGUAUUUCGAGUUUUUCCAGUUAAAUUGAAGUUUUCACUAAAAUUAGGUGUUGGAACAUUCAUGAAUGUGGAAUAUCGGUUUGUGCAGGAAAUCGUGUUUGCGUAUAAUAUCGAUUCAAUACAAAUGAAUUUGUAAUUUUGCAAAGAAUGUUAUAAUAUUGUUAUAAUACAUUCGUCGUGAGUAGCUGGUGCUCGUUUGAGAAUUCCAACUUGCUUCUAAAUUUUGUUCAGCGGUGUGUAUUGAGUAAAAGAUUUGUAAAAGAUUGAUACUUCAUUCAAACAUUAUCUUUUUCGAUGAUCUAUAUUAAAUGAUUUACGUUAAUUUUACUAUGCGGCUUAUACUAAUCUUUUAUUUCAUAUUAGGAUAAUUUUUGAAUUUUUGGAAAACGGUAGAAUGUUUAAAUUCUUUAAAGUAAUUAAGUUAUGUUGCUGAUUCUUGAUUUCAUAUGAGUAAUAUUACUAAAGUAUUCUAUUUAUAAUAUCUCAGUAUUUUUGCUAGCUUAUUCUCAUUUUUAAUCUAAUUUAUCUGUGUUACUGGCUAAUUUUCUUAAGCGAUAGAACUUAUUUUCCUACGUAUCACGUAAUUUUAUUCUGAAGAACUUAUCAAUUUCUUGAUCUUUCGAAUAACUUCAUCUUAGCAAUAUCUCUUUCAAAUAAUCUACAACGUUAUAUUAUGUUAAUGCCGUAAAGAGCUAUACGAAAAUAUCUAUAGUAAUUUCUUAAAAUCUAUGAAUCUUUACGCCUGGUAAUUCCUUUCGAUAAGCCUAAUUUUUCUUCGUCGUACAAUGUCAUUAUAAGGGAUCUCAUCACCAUAAAGGAACUUCGUGUAAUUGCAGUUUUCAAUGAAAAAUUUUAAACCAAAGGAAUAAUUUGUGCAGUAAGAAACAUGUCUCGUGUAAUUUAGUGUCAAUCAGUGUUAAACACUUUCAAGUGCUCAAACCAUGCAAGAACUUCAUCCUUUCUAUUAUCAUGCACUCUUCAAGAAUCAUGAAAACCAAAUUCACCUUGUACACGUUUUUCAUGAAUCCAGUCAAUGAACUGUGAACGAUAUGUCAAAGAGGAACAAAGAAUUGUGCACGAGGUGAGAAAUUGCUUGGAGGAUGGGUUGCAAGACUAGUAUGUUGGAAUGUAUAGAGGAUACAGGGGAGGCGGAAAAGAGAAAGCACUCGGAUAUGGUCAACCAAGGAUCUUUACUCGGGAAAACAGAAUACGAUGUUUUAAGAAGAAGAUCGUCGUUCGAAGACGUCGCUGUUGAUGACGACGAAAAUGCAGAUUGCUCAGCGUUAAAAGGACCGCAAAAUAUCGAAGCUCAUCCGUUAACGAACAGUGUUCCUAGUCUCAUAAAAAUAUUACUGGUCUUCCCCAAAGAUGACCAACAAAUGGACGUUCUCGCCACCACUUCGAGGCGAUUGGGAUGGAGCGUGUCGGUGGCGAAAGACGCGGAAAAAGCGGUCGAAUUCUUUCAAAAUCGAGGUCACGAGCUAGUGAUCAUCGAUCAUCGAGGGCAACGCGCUGCAGAGGCCGAUACGAUUUGUAGGUACGGAGAAUUAUUUUUUAAAAAUCAAUCAAAUUCCUCGGACGUACGACUUUAUAUUCUAAUAAAUACGAUCUAUUUCAGGGCGAUUAGGUCUAGUCCCGCUUACCAUAAUUCCAUUAUUAUAGCACUUGUAAAGAAAUCGUUCCUUAUGCACGGCGAGAAAGAUAAAAUUGUGACGCUGGAUUUACUGGAGACAGGAUUCAGCAGAGCUCUAAUGGAGUGUUCCCACGAGAGACUCUUAAUAAACGAACUAGUAGGAAUUUAUGCUAGUGCGCUAUUACCAAGGACACAACUGGCGGCUGCCAACGCGCUGUAUGUAGCUCUUGACAGAUGCCGCGACAUGGUACACGUGACGAACGAUAAACAUAUUGUACAGUUUGUUAAUAAAAUUAGCGAGAAGUUACUAGGCUAUAAGACCAGCGAAAUCUUGGGGAAAAGCAUCGCGGAUAUAGUGGUUUACGAUAAUUUUGUUCUAAUGGAACAACACAUAAGCAAAGGCCGGGAAUUCGAAGGGAACAUGAAUUGUAAACGUAAGAACAAUCAAAUGAUCACAAUCAGUUGCAGGGUGAUACCUUUCAGUAUUAACUUGAAAAAACCGACUCAUUAUAUUUAUAUAUACGAUACGACGUACUUGUCGGAAAAUAUUGGCUCGCUCAGCCCGACUCCGUCACAGUCCGUGUAUUCGAGAGGAAACAUGAUUGUGUCUCAGAGAAGGACAUCUGAUAUGAAGUCCAGCGAGGGCCGCAGGCGGUCCAGUGCACACAAGUUACACAGUUUGCAAUUAGAUGCACCCAUUACAAAAGUGAUCAGCCUUCUUUCUAACGCGAUCACCGAAUCUACGACCCCUGAUACAGCAGCACAAAUCGAAAAGGCCAUUGAUAUUCUCAAAACUACCGAACUGUAUGUGCCAUCCCUAAGAGAAGAUACCGAUCCAGUAACAACCGAUCUCGUCGGGGCCUUGCUUGCCUCACCGAGGAAAGCGUGGGAAUCGAGGAGAUCAUCAGUUGAAUCGACGCGAGUUUCGACGUCAAAGGCUUUCACUACGACUACUGCCUCGCGUAUGCAAAUCAAAAGUUUCAGAGGGCCUCAGGAGAUCGCGGAAAUUUUGGAAAGAUGUUUGGAAUGGAAUUUCGAUAUAUUCAAACUAGAAAUAUUAACCGAAAAAAGGCCACUACUCUUUUUGGGGACGACCAUCAUGAAUAUGUACCGCGUGCCUGCCAGACUCGGUUGUGAAGAAAAGGUCGUACAGAACUGGUUAACCGUAAUCGAGAUGAAUUAUCAGAGUCGAAAUAGUUAUCAUAAUUCAACGCACGCUGCAGAUGUGUUACAAGCUACUGCUAGAUUCAUGCAGUCUGAAAGGCUGCAACAGAUCUUGGAACCUUUGGACGAGGUCGCGACUCUGGUUGCGGCUGCUGCUCACGACGUCGAUCAUCCGGGUAGAUCUAGUCAAUUUCUUUGCAACUCUGACAAUAAACUAGCGAUUCUCUACAACGAUCUAUCCGUCCUUGAAUCACACCAUGCAGCACUAACUUUUAAAUUAUCACUGUCGGAUGACAAUGUGAAUAUUUUCAAAAACUUGGAAAGAGACACCUAUAAACAACUUCGUCAAACAGUGAUAGACAUGAUCCUAGCCACCGAGAUGACGAAACAUUUCGAACAUCUGGCUAAGUUCAUGAAUAUUUGCAGUGCAAGGAUGAUGGACAGCCCACAAUUAGACGAUUACACGGACACCGUGGAUAUGUCAGUUGUGUUACAGCCAGAGAAUGUAGUAUUGGUUAAAAGAAUGAUGAUCAAAUGCGCGGACGUGUCGAAUCCGACUCGACCAUUGAAAUGUUGCGUCGAAUGGGCCAGACGUAUCGCAGAAGAGUAUUUUAAUCAGACUGACGAAGAAAAAAGGAUGCAACUGCCGGUACUGAUGCCAAUGUUCGAUAGAGCAACGUGUUCGAUACCAAAAGCGCAAAUCGGUUUCGUCGAUUUCAUUAUCAACGACAUGGUCGAGGCGUGGGAUGCAUUUAUCGACAUGCCAGAGAUGGUGGGAUAUAUGAGGCAGAAUUACGAGAAAUGGAAAGAAUAUAACGAUCGAGGCAUAUCAACUUUACCGGACAUCGAAAAGAUACAAGAGCUCCCCGAACUUCGAAUAUACCAGCUACCUUCGUGACCCAUGGAAAUCAAUCGUCCCUCUUAUACUCUUUCGUCCGUCCCAAAAUACAAUAACCCCGUACAAACGAUUUGUAAAAUAUUCGUUAUAUUUAAGGAAUAGAGAUAAAUAAAUAUACGACACACGUCGUACAGUUGUAAGCCUUUUUUUAGAAAAUACAUGUAAUUCAACCA